GCCGGCUGCCUUGCGUACUGCGCGCGUCGCGCUCGGAGGGUCUGGGAGGUGCCAUCAUGUCGACGGCCAUGAACUUCGGGUCCAAGAGCUUCCAGCCGCGGCCCCCGGACAAGGGCAGCUUCCCGCUGGAUCACUUCGGCGAAUGUAAAAGCUUUAAAGAGAAAUUCAUGAAGUGUCUCCGCGACAACAAUUUUGAAAACGCUCUGUGCAGAAAUGAAUCCAAAGAAUAUCUAGAAUGUAGAAUGGAGAGGCAGCUGAUGGCACAAGAACCACUGGAGAAACUGGGAUUUGGAGAUCUGAUAGAUGGGAAAUCAGAGACAAAAACUCAAGUUUGACGGGAAGAAGGCCACCGGGCUGUGUCAGGGGUCAUCCGGGAUGGAGUGUGCUGCACGAACCUGUCACCCUGAUGGUUUACUUCUUGGGUAGUGUGAGUUAGAAAGGGGCUUUCAGAAUGUCCUCAAAAUAGUCGCACAAAAUCAAAAUAGA